AUGGUUGCUUUGCGUGUUUCGCAGAUGGAGUUCCACGGCCGCAUGAUGGGCCCGCGCCCGGGCUUCGCCCCCGGCAUGGGCGGCCCCAUGGGCGCCCCUCCGCGCGGAUUCAUGCCGCAGAUGGGUGGUCCGCGGCCCAUGAUCCACGGACGUCCCGGCAUGAUGCCGCCGCCGAUGGGCGGCGGUGCGCCGUUCAUCGGCGGCCCGCGCGGGCCGAUGGGCUUCGACGGCGGGCGCGGGGGCCGCGGGGGCGGCCGCGGGCGGGGCGGACGCGGCGGGUUCGGCAGCCAGCGCAAAGGCAUCGCCUUCCGGCCGCCGCCGGACGACGAGGGCCCGCUGAGCGAGGAGGAGAAGCGCGCGCGGACGGUGUUCGUCUCCAAGCUGCACCGCGCGUGUACGUCGGCCGCGGUGAAGGACUUUUUCGGCCAGGUGGGGUACGUCGUCAACGUGUCGAUGAUGAUCGAUUUCGCGACGGGGCAGUCGCGCGGCAUGGCGCACGUGCGCAUGGCGAACAAGGAGGGCGCGGAGGCGGCGCUGGCGCUCAACGGGACGCUCUUCGCGGGCCGCGAGGUCGCGGUUGCGCCGUUCAAGGACAAGAAGGAGAGGGAGCCGCCCGCGGACAAGGCGGCGGCGAAGGAGGCGCCGGCGGCGCGGGAGGCGCAGGGCGGGGCCGAGGGCGGGAAGCCCAAGGUGCGGAAGUGGGUGCGGCCGGGCUCGGGGCUCCCGGGCGACCCGCUUUUGGAGGAGAAGAAGGAGGAGGGCGAAAUCGUCGCGGAGGCGGUGGCGAAGGCCGCGGCGCAGCAGAACUAG